GGUCACCGCGAAAUCUCAUCCACAGUCGAAAAUGGCGGAGAAAAUCCGCAUUUAUCCCAAUCUCUCCCUCUCCCUCUCCCUUCUCUCUCUCUUGUCAACUCGCGCAGCUGCGUCGCCGCUACAAUCACCAUCGCCAUCGCCAUGGCCGCUCCAAUUCCACUCGAUCCUGUAUAUCAACAGCAGCAGCGGGCUGCAAGUGACGGACCUCUGGUACGACUGGCCUAACGGCCGCAACUUCAACAUCAUCCAGCACCAGCUCGGGAAGAAGGUCUACGAUUUGGAGUGGAACAACGGCACCUCCUUCUACUACACGCUGGACGCCAACAAGGAGUGCAAAAUCGUGCAUUUUCCGGUGGGGAUUCUCCGCCCUAAUUUUCUCGACGGCGCAGCCUACACCGGCCAAGAGCGCAUUGACGGAUUCGUUUGCAAUGUGUGGGAGAAGGUCGAUUUCAUCCGCUAUUAUGAAGAUGUCGACACCAAGAGGCCCGUUUCCUGGACUUUCAUCUCCUCCGGAACGAGGGCACAUGUGAUGACAUUUGAGGUUGGGAAAGUGCUUGAUGAUCCCAAUUGGCAGGCCCCUGUUUACUGUUUCGAGAACAAGGAGACGCACCUCUUCUUCGUCAAUCAACGUAUGGUUUGACUUUGAUGAGAGAGAUUCCUGAUUGGGUUUAUUUAACUCAGUUCUAAUUUCCUCUGAUGCCACUGCUGUUUAUCUCUAGCUUCUGUAUCAGUUUCACCAGCUUCGAUUAACUUUCAACUGAAAUUGUUAUUCGCAUGUUUAUUUUUCUGAUAA